CGCUGGCCACGCCUCCUCAUCAGCUGACAGCGCGCGUGACACACAGUGCUCUACUGACUUCCUACCGAACAGAGGCGCGGACUGCAUCGGAGUAAAAGUAUGUAAAUUAACGAGGGUGUUUUUAAGUGCAGGGGUGGGAAUUCGGAAGAGAUGCCGUCCAAUAAGAGUGUUUCGGAUGCCCCAAUCACACAGUUUGUAAACUGUAGGAUACUGAAGGACCACAGGCUGCAUUGGGAAGACCUUUGGGUUCGUGACGGCAAGAUUUUGAACCCAGAGAAGCUGUUCUUCGAUGAGGAGGGUUUUGCGGAUCACAAAGUUGACUGCGGGAGUAAAAUCAUUGCACCUGGAUUCAUAGAUGUACAGAUAAAUGGUGGAUAUGGCAUGGACUUCUCCCAGGCCAGCAGUGACAUUAGAGGAGGCGUGGCUUUAGUGGCCAAAAAGAUUCUAGAACAUGGCGUCACUUCCUUCUGCCCCACCCUUGUCACGUCUCCACCGGAAAUAUACCAUAAGGUUAUCCCUGAGCUUAAAGUUCAGGAUGGAGGACCUGAAGGGGCAGGAGUUUUAGGUAUUCAUCUGGAGGGGCCCUUCAUCAGUGAAGAGAAGAGAGGCGCACACCCUCCUAAGUUCCUCCGCACUUUUAAAGCGGGGGGCGUGGCCGACCUGAUGGAGACCUAUGGCAGCCUGGACAAUGUCGCUAUGGUAACCCUUGCACCAGAACUUGCCAAUAGCGCCGCAGCAAUCCGUGAACUCUCAGGAAGAGGCAUAGCUGUGUCACUUGGUCACUCUACGGCUGAUCUCUCUCAGGCUGAAGAGGCUGUGAAGAAUGGAGCCAUAUUCAUUACACACUUAUUUAAUGCCAUGUUGCCUUUUCAUCACCGGGAUCCAGGCAUUGUGGGAUUGCUCACAAGUGAUCACAUCCCACCAGGUCAGACAGUUUACUACGGUAUGAUCGCAGAUGGGAUACACACACACCCUGCAGCGCUGCGUAUCGCACACAGAGCUCAUCCUGCAGGGUUGGUGUUGGUUACUGAUGCUGUGACAGCGAUGGGUCUCCCUCCUGGUCGACACACACUCGGACAGCAGCAGAUAGACAUCCAGGGGCUUCACGCUUAUGUCGCAGGCACUACAACUUUAAGUGGCAGCAUUGCGACCAUGGACAUGUGUGUGAGACACUUUAGAGAGGUGUCAGGAUGUACAGUAGAAGCUGCAUUAGAAGCUGCAUCGCUGCAUCCUGCUCAGCUGCUGGGAAUCAGUCACAGGAAGGGAACGCUGGAGUACGGCACCGAUGCAGAUUUUGUAGUGCUUGAUGACACACUGACAGUCAGGGAAACCUACAUUGCUGGACAGCAGGUCUGGAAGAAGUGAUGUCAGCUGGACGACUGUCUUCUGCUGCUGCUUUUCUCUCUUUGGACUUGAAUCACCAAAAAGACACAUUACUGCAAAAUGUAUUAUUCUCUCUCAUAUCAUUUCAUUUUGUUGAUUAAUCCCUGAAAACUACUACGUAUAUAUACAAGCUCUGAUGACACUCAUGCUCAUGUACUGUAGCUGAAAGCAUCUUGGGGCAUUUCAAAAAGAGCCAGAAUCAUUUUUUAUCAAAUACUGUGUGUAUGGAUGUGUGUUGCUGUUCAACAUAAAUUUAACUUGUUCAAAUAUGAAAAACAAAAGUAAAAUAACAAUAACAACGGUCCAGUUAUUUCAUUAAUAACCUAUAUAAAAUAUUGCUCCCAAUCUGAUGUGAAACUGGACAGUUUAACUAACCGAUUUCAAUAAAGUUUAUAUUCUGUUCUUUUUAUUUGUUAACAUUUUCAAGGUUUUAUCUUUUUUUGUAUCACUCAAAUCUGAGAAAAAAUCAAUUGUGAGUUUGUAUCAUGCAAUUCUGAGAAAUAAAGUGAGAACUUCAAAUUUC